AUGCAGCAAGCAGUGCCUCCCAAGCGUAGCGGUUUCCGCACCGCCUGGCGCUACACCAAGGCGGUGGUUGGCUUGACCUUAGCCGCCAGUGUCGGUACCGUCGCUUACAAGGUGUACCAGGAGUCCCGCCCUGCUGACCAGGUCAAGCAGGUGCCAUUCUUUGAGAACGGCCAGAAGAAGAAGACCUUGGUCAUCUUGGGCUCCGGCUGGGGCUCCAUCUCCUUGUUGAAGAACUUGGACACCUCCUUGUACAACGUGGUUGUUGUUUCCCCCCGUAACUAUUUCCUUUUCACCCCAUUGUUGCCUUCCUGUCCUACCGGAACCGUCGAAUUGCGUUCCAUCAUCGAGCCUGUGCGUUCUAUCACCAGAAGAGCCCCUGGUGAGGUCAUCUACUUGGAAGCCGAGGCCACCAACAUUGAUCCUGUCAACAACGUCGUUACCAUCAAGCAGUCCACCACCGUCCACUCCGGCCACUCUGGUAAGGAUACUUCUUCUUCCAAGUCCACUGUCUCCGAGUACUCGGGUGUGGAAGAGAUCACCACCUCCUUGAACUACGACUACUUGGUCUUCGGUGUGGGUGCCCAACCAUCCACCUUCGGUAUUCCCGGUGUCGCCGAACACUCCACCUUCUUGAAGGAAAUCAGUGAUACUAUCACCAUUAGAAAGAGAUUGAUGGACUGUCUUGAAGCCGCCAACAUCUUGCCCCAAGGUGACGAAGAAAGAAAGAGAUUGUUAUCCAUUGUCGUCUGUGGUGGUGGUCCAACCGGUGUUGAAAUUGCCGGUGAGCUCCAGGACUACAUUGACCAAGAUUUGAAAAGAUGGAUGCCUGAAGUCGCCAGUGAAGUCAAGGUUACCUUGGUUGAAGCUUUGCCAAACGUUUUGAACAUGUUCAACCACAAGUUGGUUGAGUACACCAAACAAGUUUUCGAGGACACCAACAUCAACUUGAUGACCAACACCAUGAUCAAGAAGGUCAGUGACAAGACUGUCACUGCUCAAAUCAAGAAGAAGGAUGGUUCCAGUGCAACUGCCGAAAUUCCUUACGGUAUGUUGAUCUGGGCCACUGGUAAUGCUCCAAGAGAUAUCACCCGUAACUUGACUUCCCAGAUCGAAGAACAGAAGAAUGCCAGAAGAGGUUUGUUGGUUGACGACAGAUUAUUGGUUGACGGUACCAACAACAUCUAUGCUCUUGGUGACUGUACUUUCACAAAGUACGCUCCUACCGCUCAAGUUGCCUUCCAAGAAGGUAUCUACUUGGGAUCUCACUUCAACAAGUUACACGAAAUCGAAACCACCAAGUACACCUUAGCCAAGCCAACCGCCGCCGACAACACCGAAAGAUUGGCCAAGAAAUUGGCCAAGUUGCAAGAAAAGUUGCCAAUUUUCAAGUACAACCAUCAAGGUUCAUUGGCUUACAUUGGUUCUGAAAGAGCUGUUGCCGACUUGGUUUGGGGCGGAUGGUCCAACGUGACCACCGGUGGUACUCUCACCUUCUUGUUCUGGAGAUCGGCCUACAUCUACAUGUGUCUCUCCGUCAAGAACCAAAUUUUGGUUUCCUUAGAUUGGUUUAAGGUUGCUUUAUUCGGAAGAGAUUGUUCCAAGGAAUAG